AUGUUUGAUGCCAAAUACUUGAGCAAUUUAUGUUCCCAAUGCUGGCUUAGAAUUACCGAAUUCCACAGCUUUGAAGCGUCCAUCCAAUUAGCACAACUCAAACUAUUCGAUAUAACCGCAAUGAAACGAGAAGAAGGCGAUACAACAACUAUUGGUCAACAAUCGACAAAACAUUCCAACAAUGCAUCAUCAUCAGCAACUGAAUCUGAAAAUCGAUUCAAUCCUGCAAUACCUGUAUCAAAUAAACAAUUUCUCGAUAUAAUAAAUGAAGAAAUUACAGCUGGCGGUUCUACAAUCCAGAAUAAUGUACCACAGCCUGUGGGUCUGCAACCCACAACAUCAAUGGCAACACAAGAAACUCCAAUUGAGAUUAUCGAUUUAGAUUCGGUUACCGAUGAGCCCACAAUUGACAUCAUUAUGCAAUCACGUAACAAAUCACAUCGAAUAUUUUAUAAAAGUAAAUCGGCCAAUCCACGAUAUGAUUGUAAAAUAUGUGGCCAUCGGAAUUUAUCGUACGAUUCUAAGAUACAACACUACUCAGAGAAACAUGCGCUCGAAAAACCUCUUAAACUUGUUACAACCGGUAGAGGUAUGUCAACGUACGUGUGCAGUGUGUGUAAUAAUAAUAUCCGAUUACUACACAAACUUUAUGAACAUUAUUGGUUUGAACAUCGAAAUCUGACCCCUGUAUAUAAUUGUUAUGAAUGUAAUGGUACUUUUUCAUCGAUACGACAUAUGUGUACGGGAUCAGCAAGAUCAAAAAAUAUAUUUCAAUGUACCGAUUGUAGUGGCAUUUAUUAUAAUGAACGUGCUAUUAUCGAACAUUUGGCUGCGAAACAUCGUAAAAUCGACUUGUACACAUGUCCCUGUUGUCUGCAGACCUUUGAUGAUGUUACAAAAAUACCAAAACAUCGCAAGCAACAUCAUCCUGAUGAAGUUAAAUCGGAAUAUUAUCUACAUAUGGAUGAUAAAUUUGAAAAGCUGCUAGAAGAAUAUUGGGAGAAACGGAGAAAUAUGUCAUAA